AUGGCCUGGGACAUGCCUCUGAAAGUGGGACCUUCCCAAGGUGUCCCAACCAUUAGAAAGCAGCCGCGAAGAAGUGGGCUGGAAAACCGCGGGGCGGCCCCGGCAGCGCCCCGUCCCCUCCGCGGGGGCCGAAGGGGUCCCGCCGCCUCCCCGGAGCCGCCUCCUUUCGGGGGAACGGGCGGAGAGGGGCUGCAAGUCCCGAGCCGGAGCGUUCAGGGCAAGACUUCGGCGGAGCAACGAAGCCCGCCGGGGCUCCCCCAGCACCCCCCACCCUCCUCUUCCUCCUCCUCCUCCUCCUCCCCCGGCUGUUCGCCCCGCAAAACGCAAGGAGAAACCGUCGCACCUCCGGCGCCGCGCCGGGCCGAGCCCUGCCGGGCUGCACGCCCGCUCCCCCCCCGGCCGCGAAGCCGCCGGCCCCGGGGCCCCCGCCGCGGCGGGGAGCGCGGCCGCGGGCCGGGGCGCGGCGGGCGGGGAGGGGAGGGGAGGGCGGCGCUGCCUACCUGGAGCUGCGGGACGCCGCCGCCGCCGGCCCCGCCGCGAUCCCGGCACCGCGGGGCCGCACCGAGCGGGGAGGGGAAGGAAGACGGCGGCGGGGCGGGCUCAGGCGCGUCCCCACCCCGGCCUCGGGCAUCCCCCGGCCCCCGCCCCAGCGCCCCGAGGGACCGGCGCUGUCCCGGCGGGGCUGCCUCCGCCCCGGGGGUCCCCGCGCCGCCCCCGGGGGUUCCGCUCAUGGCCGGGCGGCCGCGCUCAGUGCUCCCUAGAAGUCCCGCUCCGCGCCCGGGGGAUCCUGCCCCGUGGCCCCGGGGGUUCCCUCUCUUCUCCCGGAGAGUUCCCGCACUUUGCCUAGGAUUCCAGCACCGCACCCGCGGGGUCUCGCACCGCGCCCGGAGCGUCCCGCUCGGCGUCCGGGGGCUGUCCCGCACCCACCCGGGCCCCGUCCCCGCAGCACGCGUGGGGACCCUGCUGCGCCGCUCCCUCCCGCAGCCACCUACCAGGCAGCAGCGGGCAGCCCCCCUCUCGCACGGCCCCGAGCAGGGCGCGGGGAGAGGGGCAGCCCGCCGCGGAGGGGGUCGCUGCCAGGCUGGGCCGUCGGGGCCGGGCGGGACGCGGGCUCCUCCUGCCCCGGGGCUGCGGCAGCGCCGCGGGUCCCCGCGAACUGGGCUGCUCGGCUUUUACCUUCGCGCUUUUGUGCAGCGACGGCGCCAAGUACCACGCAGAUAA